AUGACGACACAAGCUCCGGCCAUCCCCCCUCGGCCUUCACGAUCGCCUCAACACCAGGGUCUUGCGCCAACCUCGUCAACAGAAGUGCCCAAGAUGCCUCCGCGUCCCAAUCGUCGUGUUGAUCGGUCCGUCUCUCCACUUCCUCAGAAUUACGCCCCUUCUCCAUUGAAUGAAUUGCCCAACAGCUCGGGUUUGAGCCGUACGACCUCCAAUGACCUGCCCCCGCGCCCCCCAAGUGUCACAAUACCUUCUCUAGGUCAAGAGGGCAUCGAAUAUGAAGAUUUGGAUGUUCAAAAUGUCGAUAGUCACAACCCAGCUCCAGAGACCCGGAACGUGGGCAGCGACCUCAAAAUCCAUGCACCCAGACCGUCCCUGCCUACAUCCAGUGCCAAGGCUCAGGUGCAGGCCGUAACCCGUACGGAUUCUCGACAGGCCGCCGCUGCCGGUCUUGGUGUGGGAUCGCCUGCUUUUGAUGAGGGUUCUGACCGCGCCAGUCGUUCACCGCAUAAGUCGAGCGGCUCACGGGCAGAGUCCUCAGCUGCGUCUUCAACUCGUCAACUUUCUGUGCUCGACGAUGCGCGUGGUCCCCCAGAAAUCGGUCAGCGUGUUCCAAUGUACCGCAAUGCCGGUGAUGUGCAGGCCCCUUCCCCAAGCCCAUAUCAGCUGGAGCAUGGCUCCCAGCGCCAUGGACGCAGCCAUAACCGCACUCGCAGUGGCCGUGAAGCUUCUCUGCCGCCUGGAAGUUACGGACUUCACGGACAUGGUGUACAGCCCGAUAAGUUUGACAAGGCUUGGUAUGAGAAGCACCCCGAUGAGUUUGUCAAGGAAGAACAGGGUAAAUAUGGACCUGGAGUUGGUACUCCUCGACCCGAUUGGGCUUUAAGCAGCGAUGAUUUGAACAAAAUCGUCCGGGGUUCUGCUGUGACCGGUUCCGGGCUUGGAACUUCUCCUGCUGUCGCAGGUACACCGGAAGAGGAAGUCGGUUACAUUGCCUCGGAUGAGUACUCGCGCCAUAACUCGCACCCACCUGCCGAGUCAUCUCUGCGAAAGUCGAGUGUCCCUUCAGAGGAACCCACGACGCAAGAGGAAGGGCCAGAGAAGGCUGGCGUUAUACAUGUUGAUGAUCCUUACCAUCCUCUGCACCACCCAGAUGGCUUUGCUCCGGCCCCAGAUCCUGAGGAACAGGCUGAUGGAGCGGAGGAAGGUGGCGUUGAUGACGAAGAGCCCAUAUUAGCUGCGGAUGAAGUGCGCCCGGAAUCCGCAUUCCAACAUGCUGCAGUCUCGCCCACAUUCGAGAGAAGAGAAAGCUAUGAUCAUGAUAGUCGGAGUCGAACACCAAAUGGCAACCAUAGUCGCUCGAACAGUCGAUCCACCAGCCAUCACGGGAAGCCAAUUUUGGCAAGAUUCAGUUCGUAUAAUGAUGACCGAGAGGAUAACCACACUCCUCUCGAGAAUGUCGAGGAGUAUGAGCCAUUGUUCCCCGAAGACGACAAGAAGGGAAAGCCGGUUUCCACCGCUGAACGCUUCAAAAAGCGUCCGGAUAUGCUCAAGCACCGUUUCCCUAGUCAAGAUAUAUGGGAGGAUUCUCCGAACAGUUUGCAACUGCAUGCCACCGUGUCUACACCGGAUGAACCCAAACAAGAGACUUUUGAGACUCCGGAGCAGGAGUCUUUCCGCAAAAGUCAAGUCGCUCCAAUCGAUGCCCAUCAGGUUGCCUCUCAUAUCCUUGAGUCCGAGGAACAGGAUAAGACGUCUAAACGCCCGGAAAUUUCCAAACAACGUUUCCCCAGUCGGGAUAUCUGGGAAGAUGCUCCUGAUAGCCAACAACUGGUGACGACAAUAGAGCCGUCAGAAGAAAAUGAAGUUAAGAGUCCGGAUGUGCCGUCGAAACCAGCCAUUCCAUCUCGACCUCAAAGACUUUCUCAAAUCGUUCCUUCUGUGAAUGCCUCCACUAAGCCAUCUAUCUCUCCCACCGAAAAAAAGCAGCCACCCGUCAUUCCUGACCGACCUAAGCCACAGAUUCCAGCUCGACCGGCCAAGCCUAUCUCUCGUGGCAGUGCAGAGGAAGCUAAAGACGCCCCGGCGAAAGCAAAGCCAGCAGUACCUGCCCGUCCUGGUGGUAGCAAGAUCGCUGCCCUGAAGGCAGGAUUUUUGACAGACUUGAACUCGCGUUUGCAGCUCGGUCCUCAUGCGCCGCCGAAGCCGGAAAAGAAAGAAGAAAAGCCCCCAGCAGAGAAAGCGCCGCUCAGUGAUGCCCGCAAGGGACGAGCUCGUGGCCCAGCACGGAGAAAGCCUGCCGCUGAACCUGCGGCUCAGCCCGCGGCUCAACCCGUGGCUGCGAAACUGCCGACCAUCCCUGAGAUCAAAAUCGCCGGGACCUGGAAUGUGUGGGAGAUUCGUGAAGACGGUCAUUUGAUCGUGGGCAAUGAAGACAGGCAGGCCGAUAUGAAGGAACCGACACCGUCUGAUGCUUCGCCAGUUGCAGAAACCUCGAUGGCACCCGAAAUCUCCAAGAACAUUGCUGGCGAACCAACUGAUCCAAAGCCAACAACGCCUGCACCCGAUGACGUCGUGUCGCCCACAUCCAAACCCGUGGUUGUGGAGGAAACAAAGCCUCCCAACAUCAAGUCUCCGCAGUCUACAUCGGAGUCGGAACUAGACGAGGCCAUUGAGAACUUGUCUGCCUCUGCUGACGGGAAAAGACUGUCAGAUGGUGACGUGCAUAACGACUAA